AUGGUGAGCGAGCAGGCGCUCGAGGCGAAGCCUGCCACGUAUGUGGUGAAAUGGGACUACAUCUACGGCAGCGUUCUGGACGGUGAGUACGUUGAAGCUGGCACUAGGAAUGGCAAGCCCAUGUACAAGCAACGAAAUGGUCCCGGCAUCAUCUUCCACGAAAGCUAUGGGCGCAAACUACCAGAAGACGAAGGCGCACCAGGCUGGAAGGUUGGCUUUGACGACCGAUCCGCACACUUCAACAGCCAUUUGCGAGCUGUCAAGAAGGGCUCGGUGAAGGAUGAUGUUCCUCCUGAGGGGAAGUAUUGGAUCCAAGGAAGACAAAACUCCUGGAUUGGGGAGAACUAUUUGAACCUUCACGCUUUCGUCAAGCGCAAGGUUGCGACAUAA